AUGUCAUGUAUCGAAAUUCCAAGGAUGAAAAAUGCGAAAAUAUUCACAACGGAACAUGACAGGAUUCAGAACUUAGAAACAACCAAGCAAACUUUUGAAAUAUCUGAAGCUGAAAAUGGAUUUCGUUACACAAAUCUUUUCGAUAAAUGUAUCAUAUUUGUUGGUAUAUUUUGCGCUGUUUUGAGCGGUAUUGGACAGCCAGCAAUAGCAGUUAUUAGUGGAAAAAUUACCAACGUUUUACUCACGCAAUCUCCUGAAAGUGAAGAAUUUCACAAAAGUGCAUUAUUUUUCAUAUACCUGUAUCUUUGCGUGGGUAUCGCUACUUUGAUCAUCAAUUACAUACAAUUCAUAUGCUUUCAAUCGACUUGCUUUCGAAUAGUCGCUCGACUACAAAAACAAUAUAUUCGCGCAAUUCUUCGACAAAACAGCGCAUGGUUUGAUCGUAAUAAAAGUGGCGAAUUGACUACACGACUUAAUGAAAAUAUCGAGCAUCUACGUAAAGGUAUUGGUGAUAAAUUGGGAUUACUUAUCCGUGGUAUAGCAAUGUUUAUAUCUUCACAAAUCAUUGCAUUUUUUUUUCAAUGGAGACUAGCAUUGGUUAUGUUUCCGGUAGCACCCAUUUCAUGUUUUAUUAUGGCUAAGUUAGCUCAGCGAACAGAUGCAGCACUAGAAAAGGAAUUGGACGACAGCAGUAAGGCUGGUGUAAUUGCUGAGGAAUGCAUAAUAGGCGUGCGAACUGUACAAGCCUUCAAUGGGCAGCAAGAAAUGGUAGAGCGAUACAGAAGACAGCUCUGCAAGGGCAAAAAGUAUGGUAUCAGCAGAAGUUGCUGGAGUGGAAUGUUAGACGGCUUGUUCUUUUUUGUUCUGCUUAUCUUCUUGGGCAUUGGGUUUCUUUAUGGAGGAUACCUGCUGAAAAUUGGUAUAUUUAAAAAUCCAGGUGAAUUAUUUACUGUAGUUUUUUCUAUUGUUAUGGGAUCAUAUUUUUUGGGUCUAGUCAGUCCACAUUUGAUGGUAUUGCUUAAUGCUCGGACUGCAGCUGCUACUAUUUAUCAAAUCAUUGAUAGACAGCCGAAAAUAGAUGCAUCUUGCAAAGAUGGACUGUCUUUUGAUGUUAUUAAAGGUAAAAUUAGCUUCAAAGAUAUUCACUUUCGGUAUCCGUCACGAAAAAACGUUCAAGUGCUGAAGCAACUAAAUUUGAUCGUGGAACCAGGUCAAAAAGUUGCUUUGGUUGGCCAGAGUGGCUGUGGAAAAUCUACUCUAAUUGGAUUGUUAACACGAAUGUAUGAGCAAGAAUCAGGGAUUGUCAGUAUUGAUGAUAUGCCAGUAAAUGAAGCAAACAUAAGAUGGCUCCGGAAUGUGAUUGGUGUUGUUGAGCAAGAGCCAGUUCUGUUCACUGAUACUGUUGAAGAAAAUUUAAGAUUAGGUGAUCCAAAUGCUAAUUUGGAACAGAUGAUCGAAGUAUGCCGAAUAGCAAAUGCACAUGAUUUUAUUCUUAAAUUACCACAGGGCUACAAAACGCGUAUUGGUGAUGGCGGUGUGCAGUUAUCCGGUGGUCAGAAACAACGUGUGGCAAUUGCUCGAACUCUGAUUCGUAAUUCAAAAAUAUUACUUUUGGAUGAAGCAACGAGUGCAUUAGAUGUUAAAUCUGAAAAUGCAGUACUAGAAGCUCUCAAAAAUGCUUUAAUUGGACGAACAGUCAUUAUCAUUGCUCAUCGGUUUUCUUCAAUACGUAAUGCUGAUCGAAUCGUUGUUAUCGAUAAAGGAACAAUCACUGAGCAAGGUUUGUUAUCUCUGAAUAUAAUUUUGAUAUUCUUUAAUACAAUCCUUUUUUCUGAUUAUUGUAGUAGGAUUGGCAAUUCCUCAUCGGCAAUAGGUGUGGAUUCGUUUGUGCCUGCUUCUGACCCAAUAUUUGCGGGUUCAGAAAUGUCUGAGGAAGACUGCAAAUCUUCAUUUGGAUUCAUAACAAUAUUUAAGAACGCUCAGGGCAAUUACAUUCUUAUGAAUUCCUUGUCAGGAGUAGUAUCAGAAAAUGUCAUUUUAUCCAUUCGUUGCCGUGCUUUGUUAAAUAUCCUCCAUCAAGAUGCUGCUUAUUUCGAUAAUCCUUCACAUGCUGCUGGAAACUUGAUCACUCGUCUUGCUUCUGAUGCACCAAAUAUAAAAAUGGUACUAGAUUCCAGAAUGCUGCAAGUUAUUUUUGGUAUUUCUGCAUUUUCAAUUUGCACUAUCAUUGGUUUCAUUUAUAGUUGGCAAGUUACUCUUACCGGUAUUUCUUUAUCAUUAGUACUAAGUGUUUUGCAAGCUUAUUUAUCUCGAUGGGUCUAUUACAAGAAUUUGCUACUCAUGAAAGAAGACAAAGCUGGUAGUCUAGCUGUGGAAAUUAUCGAAGGAGUCAGAACUAUACAAUUGCUAACAAGAGAAAAUGUAUUUCAUAGUAAAUAUUCUAAUGCAUGUUCAAUACGUUUAAAACACGAACUUCAAAAGACAAGGAUUGAAGCGAUUAAUUUUGCAAUUUCACAAACUUUCCAAUAUUUUAUGCUUGCAUUAUCUUACGCAGUUGGUAUUCAUAUUAUUGUUGAACGCUGGAAGGAAUAUCAUGAUCCUGCAAUUGUUGCUCAUCUACUGGGUGGUAUUGGUUUAAUGAAUUCAACAAUUUAUUUUCCGGAAUUUAUCAAGGCAAGAAGUUCAGCAAAACUUUUGUUCACAGUUACGGAAAGAAAAUCAAAAUUAGACGAACUGGAAGAAGGAGAGAAAAUUGAUAUUGCUGGCAAUAUUUCGUUUCAUAAUGUUUCAUUCUCAUAUCCACGAAAAAGGGAAUACCCAGUUAUGAACAAAAUACAGUUCAAUGUUGCCAAAGGACAAACGGUAGCAUUAAUCGGUUCUUCGGGAGCUGGUAAAAGCACCGUAAUAUCACUGCUUGAACGAUUCUAUGAUCCCGAUUCUGGUUCUGUGAGAUUUGAUGGAAAAGAUUUGCGCAAGCUGAAUUUAUAUCAUCUUCGAUCUCAGAUGGCACUUGUCGGACAAAAUGCUCAAUUGUUUAGUGGUUCUAUUAAAGAAAAUGUUUGUUUUGGGUUAAAAGAAUCAGUAUCGACCGAUAGAGUGUUAGAAGCACUUCAGCUGGCCAAUGCAAGGACUUUUGUAGAAUCACUACCUAUGGGCUUGGAAACUGAAAUCGGUGAAAAAGGAACAUUGCUGUCUGGUGGACAAAGACAACGAAUUGCUAUCGCGCGUGCAGUCAUUCGUAAUCCAAAGAUACUUCUACUUGAUGAAGCAACUAGUGCACUCGACUCCGAAUCAGAAAAUAUGGUUCAAAAGGCUUUGGAUCAGGUAAGAAUGGGAUGUACUUGCAUUACUAUUGCACAUAGGCUAUCGUCCGUACAAAAUUCUGAUCAAAUCAUAUGCAUCGAAAAUGGAUAUGUUCAAGAAAUUGGCACUCACGAAUCACUUAUUGCUAAAGGUGGCUAUUACUGUGAUCUAAUCCAGCAGCAAUAA